GCGCAGGGCAAGGGUACCCCACCCCCACCCCAGCUCCCAUCCCAACAUAUAUUCUUAUUUCUUCUUCUUCCUCACUCCAUUUCACUUCACAACAAUAUUAUUAUUUUAUUAAUAUUAAUUAAUAAUUAUUAGUAGUAACAACCCCAUAUUUUCUGGAAAAAAAACAACCACUUGUAUGAUCCAACAACAACAACUGCAGCAUGGGUGGGAUGACGUCAUCAAUGGCUGCGAAAUUCGCCUUCUUCCCGCCAAAUCCACCAUCGUACAAGCUGGUGAAAGACGACCUCACUGGUCUACUGCUGUUGAGUCCUUUUCCGCACAGGGAAAACGUGGAGGUUCUGAAGCUUACGACCCGUAGAGGAUCGGAGAUCGUUGCUGUGUACGUGAGGCACCCCAUGGCUAGCUCCACUGUUCUGUACUCGCAUGGUAACGCUGCUGAUUUAGGCCAGAUGUAUGAGCUCUUUGUUGAACUCAGUAUUCGCUUGCGAGUCAAUCUCAUGGGGUAUGACUACUCUGGGUAUGGACAAUCCACAGGGAAGCCAAGUGAGAAUAACACAUAUGCAGAUAUUGAAGCUGUUUAUAAAUGUCUUGAGGAAAGUUAUGGAACUAAGCAAGAAGAUGUUGUCCUUUACGGUCAAUCGGUUGGAAGUGGGCCCACUUUAGAUUUAGCAGUCCGUCUUCCUCGUUUAAGAGCCGUUGUGCUUCAUAGUCCUAUAUUAUCAGGAUUAAGAGUCAUGUAUCCGGUUAAACGCACAUAUUGGUUCGACAUUUACAAGAACAUUGAUAAAAUCCCAUUCGUCGAUUGUCCUGUGCUUAUCAUUCAUGGCACUGCAGAUGAUGUUGUUGAUUUCUCACACGGGAAGCAACUAUGGGAGCUUUGCAAAGAAAAAUAUGAACCACUUUGGAUCAAAGGCGGAAACCAUUGUGAUUUGGAGCUCUAUCCCGAAUACAUCAGGCAUUUAAAGAAGUUUAUAUCAACGGUUGAGAAAUCGCCAUCACACAGGCACAGCAGCAGUUCAAGGUGGAGUGUUGACAUCCAUUUUGACCAGCCACGAAGGAGCACCGACGUGUUUGAAGCGUCGAGAAAAAGCACUGACAAAAGAGAGAAACCGAGAAAAAGCAUGGAGAAAACGAAAGUUGAAAAGCUUGAAAAGAUGAGGAUGUCAUUUGACCAAAUGGAGAGGUCAAGAAGAAGUGUGGAUGUGAAUGUGAUUGAGAAGUCGAGAAAAAGCGUUGACCUUCAACAGUUAGAAAGAGGUAGAAAGAGCGUUGAUCGGAUGGAUAGACUACGGAACGGGUAAUUCUUGUUUUGGUUUUGAUGGUAUUUAAACUAAAAAAUGUAAAAUCUAUGCAUGGUUUGAUGUUGUUUGGGUUAUGUUAUUAUCUAUUACAUGAAAUGAGAAGGCUGUGAUGGUAUCACUUGGAUUA